CCCACACACUGCCUAUAGCACGGCUCCGUGUAACAUGCUCCCGGUUUACACAGCUGCAGUAUGACUGUAGGGCAGGUGAGGAGGAAAAUGCAGAACGCCUCGGAGAGUAGAACCGGGGUGUCCUCCGCGCCAAUACCGGCAAUUCCCUCCCUUAGCCGGAGCCGUAGCGUGCGGGAGCAGCAGGCACAGCUCAGGCACAAGCUGAGGGAGCUGCCUUCCCUGCUGAGGAGCGGCCUGACCCUGCGGAGAAGGAGCUCAGUAUUUGCACCAUCUCCCUCCCUAUCUGAGAGCGAGGACACCGCGGUAGCUGCUGCAAAUGAGGACCCGAUUCUGCCAGAGAAAAAUCCACACUUGUAUGAGGAUAACUCAACCAUCAAGAUCCACAGUGAGAGUGUUUCAUGUGCUGGAAAAGCUUUGAGAAAUGCACUGAGAAACCAAGCAGCUGAUUUAAUUAGGGAUCGCAUGUACCUAACUGGCCUCUGUAGAAAAAGUUGCGUGGGAUCUGAACUGGUAGACUGGCUUUUGCAGCACUGUCCAUUUGUCAAGUGCAGAUAUACAGCAUCUGGUAUCUGGCAAGUUUUACUUAAACUAGGAAUCCUGAUAUCUGUGGACAAACAGCUGUGUUUUCAGGACUCAUAUGUGUUCUACCAGUGGUCGUCUGAUGAGUGCAGUGAUACAGCCUGUGAAUUUGGAAGCGAAAAAGGAUGGCAGAUGGGUGUCAGACUUCUAAAACAGUUGGCCCCUCUUGCUCCAUUAACAUCAAAUAUUUGUGGCAUGUCUACUGACAAAUUAGAGGAUUCAGCAGAUGCAAACAGCAAAAUCUUGCAAAUUCAAGCACUUGCCCGGCUUACUUCUGCGGUGCAGAGGGAGCUGGCAGCUGUUAUUGCUUUGAAAGCGAGAAAAUCUGUUUCUGAUGAAGAAGAGUUUACUUGUCCACAAGAAUCAACACCAGGAAUCACUGAGAAUGUGUUUGAAACAGAGGCUGAAGUAAUCUGCAGACUGCACGGCCGAGAAGAAUUAAGGCGAAUAGAUUUUGUCCAGAAGCAAGCCAGAGAAAGCCAGCUCUUGCAGCCUGAAUCAAAACCACCUGACAAGAAGCCACAGGAUGAAGAUGCGACUACUGUUCAAGUGAGGGAACAAGACCAAGAUGUUCUGGUGCUUAGGAAAGUGUCGUCAGAAAGCCCAGCCCCCACAGCUGGGAGUGCCGAGAGUGAUUGGAGGUAUAUGGUUGUAUCUGGGACCCCAGAAAAGAUUUUGGAGCACCUUCUUAAUGACCUGCACCUGGACGAAGUCCAGGACAAAGAGACAGAUACCCUACUGGAUGACUUCCUCCUCACGUACACCGUCUUCAUGACAACGGAUGACUUGUGCCAAGCAUUGCUUAGACACUAUUGUGCAAAGAAGUAUGAUGGCAAAGUAGAGAGCCCAGAGGCUGUGCGCACAAAGCGGAAAGUCUUGCUACUCGCAUCCCAGUGGACUGCUCUUUACAAAAACUGGUUACAUGAUGAUGAGCACUCCAAGCUGUUCUUAAAGACACUCUAUCGCUAUGUACUAGAUGAUGUUUAUGAAUAUCCCAUGUUGGAAAAGGAAUUAAAACAAUUCCAAAAAGUUCUGCGAAUACAUCGGCGUCACACUGUCGAUGAAUACUCACCUCAUAAAAAGAAUAAAGCCUUUUUCCACCAAUUCAGUCUGAAGGAGAAUUGGCUGCAGCACAGAGGAACUGCAAAUGAAAUAGAGGAAAUUUUCUGCCGCGUCUACAUAACAGACCAUUCCUAUGUCAGCAUCAGGACUAAAGUAUCCAGCUCGGUGCAGGAUUUGCUGAAGAUAAUGGCUGAAAGAAUUCAGCAUCCCGAAGAAGACCUGGCCCUUGUCAGUGUUUCAUUCUCUGGGGAAAAACAUGAGCUUUUGCCAAAUGAACUGGUGCUUUCUAAAACCCUGGAGUCAUCAAGUCGUAUUUAUACUUACAGGAAAAGUGAUACACUGAACCCAUUUGCAGAAAAUGAGGAGACACAACCAAGAAGUGUCAGAAUUCUGGGGAUGAAUACUUGGGAUAUCUCCUUGGAAUUAACCAACUUCGACUGGAGUCUCUUCAAUUCGAUACAUGAACAAGAACUGAUUUAUUUCACAUUCAGCCGACAGGGGAAAGGUGAAAACACGUUGAACCUGAGCCUUUUACUUCAAAGAUGUAAUGAGGUUCAGCUAUGGGUAGCCACUGAAAUACUCCUGUGUAACCAGUUGGGAAAGCGUGUGCAGCUGGUGAAAAAGUUCAUCAAAAUCGCUGCUCAUUGCAAAUCUCUGAGGAACUUGAACUCUUUCUUUGCCAUUAUAAUGGGUUUGAAUACAGCAUCUGUCAGUCGACUUUCUCAAACAUGGGAGAAAAUCCCAGGGAAAUUUAAGAAGCUCUUCUCUGAACUGGAAAGUCUGACGGAUCCUUCUCUGAACCACAAAGCAUACAGAGACGCAUUCAAAAAAAUGAAGCCUCCAAAAAUCCCCUUUAUGCCUUUACUUUUGAAAGAUGUAACAUUUAUCCACGAAGGAAACAAAACGUUUUUGGAUAACCUAGUAAACUUUGAAAAACUGCACAUGAUAGCAGAUACUGUGAGAUCACUGAGAUAUUGUAGAAAUAACCAGUAUGGAAAUGACAUUCCCCAGAAGGAGCACCAGGAAGCAAAGUUCUACACGCAGCACCUGCAUGUGAUAGACAGUCAGCAGACACUUUUUCAGCUCUCUCACAGGAUAGAGCCGCGUGUGACAUAAAAACAGCCAACUUGGACUGAAAGGUCAUUGAAGUCAAGCAUGUUGCUUUACAAGGAAUUCAUUUUUUACUGAGUUUUAUCAGUAGCGGACCGUUAAACCCAAAUGAGUACAGAUCUUAGAGAAGCAAGCAAUGUAUGCAUCACCACAACCAUAAAACGGCAAUUUGUGCAUCAUCACAACUAUAAAACUCGUCAAGACAAAAACAAUGAAUAGAUGGAACAACUAUAUUCUCAUACUCUAUACUCAGCUAUGCUCUUGUUCUGUGUAUUAAAAUACAAAUCUAACUAAUGCUUAUGCACUCUAGAGUUAAGAUCAUAUUGUGCAACAUAUGUAGCCAGGUUUUCUAUGUUCAUAAAUCAAUAUGAAUGAAAAACCAUCUUAAAAACAUCUGACUGCUGGGAUUUGUAUGCUAAUUGGUUCAUGCAAAACUCUUAAGGAAAGAGGGAAUGCCAGGGGUUAGUCUUGUAUCUUUCAGCAUUCACAAUCAUGCUUGUAAGUAAUAAGUAAGCAAUACAUUGCAUUGGGAUUUAUUGUACUAUACAUUUCAUAGUAUUUGAACCACGCUUCAUAAAUAAUGUUCCUAAAAUUGAAUCUAUAAGGCUGGCUGACGUUCCUGAUUUUUGCAAUAUUUUUAAUGUCUUCGUGUUUAAAACACAUUUAUUCCCCAAAGAACAUUUUUAUUUGCUAUAAAAGAAAGCAAAAUAAAAAAAAAUGUCCUUAUUAUAACAUAUUAACGCAGCGACUGUGUCUUAAGUGUGUAGUUCAAAAUCAACAGUAUUGUUUCAAAUACUGCUAGUGAAAUUAAAACUAUAUGAUAAAUAUCAUUACAUUUAAUAUCUCUACAAUGCAGUGAGGGUGGCAUUUACUACAGCCAGAUCUUUACUGCUUUUUUAUUUUUUUUACAACAUAUUUAUUUUCUAUUUUAAAAGCAUUUUACCAAUUUCCCAUAUUUUACAUAUGUUAAUAAGAAAGCAUAACAUUAUUGUGAUUUAUGUUGCACAUGUCCUAGAUGGAGCCCCCUUAGUCAAUGAAAACCUUGGGGAAAAUAUUAAGGGAACAGCCUUUUUUUGUGACUUGCAGAGUGUGAAAUAAAACUAGCUGGAAUGGCUAAAAUAAUAAAAUAUUUAUUAGUUCACAAUCAUAUACAUUUAAUAAUAUUUUCUAUUUGGUUUGUAUGCUUGCUUACAGGGCCAUUGUACUCACAAAGUUUCUAUCAAAUGUUCUACAUGCACAACAUAUUAUUCCCAUCCAGUUAUAACCAUAUGAAAAUUAAAAAAAUAAUGAUGAAACUGUUUUUUUUUACUUCCCUUAUGCCCCUUUUGAUGUAAAUGUCUCAAUAACUGCUGCUUAGUUUCAUACAAUUUUACAAAAACACAAUAUUGCCAUCCAGACUGUCUGGGUAAUGGUUCCCACAAACAAACUAUCUAGCCUUUGGUUUUACUGUAGGAGACUAUAAAGAUCCUUGUAGCACCAUACUGAGUCACAAAAGCCUUUUUAAAAACGUAAAACUUAAAUAUCUCAAAACUACUUAACGGAUUAUCUCAAGUAUUUAAUAAAAAACUUUUCAUGUUUUUAACAAAAAAGAACACAAUGCUAAUUGGGUCAAUCCAAUCCAAUGUAAUAAAUAUAUAUAUAAUACAGUACCAAAUUAAAACAGCUUACUAGAUUUGUUUAAACUUUGUGUGUGCAAGAGAGAGAGAGUGUGUGUGUGUGUGAGAAGUGUGAGUGUGUGCAAGAGUGUGUGUGUGCAAGAGAGAGAAAGUGUGUGAGAGAGAAAUGUGUGUGUGUGUGUGAGAGAGAGAGAGAGGAGUGUGAGUGUGUGUGUCUGUCAGCACUUGCUUUGUGUGUGUAUAAGUAUUAUAUAAAACAUCCAACCAUUCGGUGCCAGUACAUGCUGCCAUGACACUAUUAGUUAAUAUGUGAAUCAUUUGAUUUUCUUUUAAACUGUAUUUGUUAUAGAUGUCCUGGGAUAUUAAAGCUUCAGGUUGUACAACCUCCAGCAUAAAUUUAUAGGUUGCAUAUACUGUAUGAUAAUAACAUAUUAAACACCACGCUGUAUAUUUUGAUGCACACUAAACUUGCUUACAUUUUGAUAUUGUUAUAUAUGUAAUGAAUAAAUGGGCAUUUUUUUGUAUCAGCUGCUCUUUGGACUGGUUUUAGAUUUACAUAACUAAUUAUAAUCUAUGUAGAGAUUAUAAUUAGCGAGUCCGUGCCAGUUUCACUUUCAGUUCAUAGUGCAUGAACACAAAUCUGGAUAAUAACUUGUUUUGAAUUUAAAUAACUUGUGCAUGCGUUAUUUGUCCUAGGUGCCAUACUUAUGUCAGAGGGCUCGCUCUGUGUACAGCACAGUGUAGCCUAAAUGGCAAAAAGUCUAUUAUUUAUUAUACAGUAAACAAUAUCUAGGAAAUUAGUUUAGCAAGUCCGUGCAUCUAUUCUGUUCCUUGUGAAUUAUUUCUCACAGGUAAUAAAUAGUAUAUGCAAUGUUCAGGGCUGACUACUUCCUGGAAAUAAUGCUAUUUAUAAGGUAAAAAUACAGUGAUGUUGUUCCUUAGAAAUUAUUCUCCUUAUCUCUGAAAUUCAUGUUGUGUUGUUGUUGCCAUUAAAUAGAUAUUAUUAGAAUAUCCAUGUAAUAAUUGAGAACAAAUAUACUUUGUAAAGUCCAAGUGCUGCUGCAAAUACUUCUUAAUGUCCUCCUGUACUACGCCAUAUACAGUUCAUAUAUUUAAUGUAUGCAGAAUUUAAUUGUGUAACAUAAUGAAUAUUUCUUUACUAUUUUACUAAGUACUUUACCACAUUACUAACUGUAUUUUGCUACAUGAAUACCCUUUUCAUUGGGGUGGGGGGGAGUGCUGUAAAAAGGCUUUUGAGUGCAAGGGCAGCAUAUGAAGAGGUCCCUAGUGUGCUGUUUUGACCAGCAAUGUAGGAUGCAGAGUUCAUGGUAUGUUCUCCUUGCAGGCAGUACAGCAGACAGCCUAAGGAGGGGUCCUGUGAGUGCUGUCUUGAAUGGCUGCAUUUCAGCUUACAGAUUGAUGUUUCUAUUUAGAAUGGGUAAAGCAAUGCCAUGGACAUGACAGCGCUGAUAAGAAAGAGGCAGUGACAGACUGGGAGAGAGAAGCGGAUAAAAGGGCAUACUUAAUGCAAGAACAAAAUGCUUGGAAGAUUUUAUUCAUUUAUAAACGCUGGUAACUAUCUGUUUAACCCUUAGAAAUGGGUAAAUCACAAAGUUAGUCAGCUCAGGAGCUGCCAUAUCUAAGCAGGCCCUUACUCGGCAGUCGGCAGCAAACAUUGUUUGGGAGAUUAACUAUAUGUAAUUGCCCACAGGCGUCUGAAUGAGUAAAUACCCCCCCUCUCCAAAAUGUGCUUUUUAUAUCAGCGUACACACACAUUCUUUUGUCACUCUUGUGAUGCCAUUGAACUAUUUUUAAAAUUAUGCGUAGCUUGUGUACAACACGCAAUUCUAUUCUGUUGCUUGUUAUUUUUUUCCACUUCUAAAAAUUUCUGUAGGUUCCCAAGUAACUAUCGGUAAACAUAAAAAUAAUAGCUAAUCAGAGCAUUUUUUUAUUGCAUCAACUGAUUAGAGCUUUUGUAUAUUGCAUCUACUAGCUAGAGCUUUUAUUUAUUGCAUUAUUGUCUAUUUAACAUAUGUAUUUGAAUUUGUCUUCAUAAAAGAAAGCAUAUUUACAUAGUUGCCAAAUAGCAUAUCAGUGGUCUCUAAACCCUCCAAACUGCCUUCUGUAAAUACACCUUUACAUAGUAUUGAGAAAAUUACAAUUGUAUAAUCAAUGUGUGCCUAUUAAUGCAGAACCAGAAAAUGCAGAUGGGUUAAACAUAUAGGUAAAGUCUACUGUGUAGCGGCUAUGCACUGCAAGUAAUAGUCCAAUAAGAAAAUGUUCUGACUCAUUUUUAUUGCACCGUGUCCCUUUAAUUGUUUAUUCUGGUCUAACAAAAUCUAUUUGUUGAUGUUGGAAAUGUGUACAUAACUGUUAAGUCAUAAGCCAAGGAGACAUAUAGUUACCUCUGUCUAUGUCUCUAUUCCCAAAUUAAAAAAAGAAAAUGUAUAAUAUAUUACGAUCAUUGGCAGUUCCAGAAAAUAAAUGUUGGCGGCGUGGUUUUGUGUAAGGGCCAGAAGGCUGGAGUCAUGGAGACCCACAGGUGGAGUCAAAGUUGUGGGUGUUUUGUGGGCAUAGCUGAACAGUACAAGAGCAUGGCUAAGUGAUUUGGGGUGGGACAGUUUGGUGGCAUGGCUAGGCAUGCGGUGCCAUUGGCAGGGACAUAAAAUAUUCACCAUGCUCCUCAGCCCAACACAGAGGUAGAGCAAAAUAUUGUGUGCACCUGUAGACCUGCCACUGAUCACAACCAUUUGAUAACGAUUUUUGUAAGCUUUACUAUGUUUGUUUAAUUAAUAAACCAUUGCUGAAGAGGUUGGCACAGUGUUCUACUUUCUUGGCUAACAUGAUAAAACAUUUUUAUGUUAAAAAGGAUGACACAAUAAUUUGACUGCCCCUUAUUCAUUUGCUUCAAAAUGAAGCAAAGCAUUUAGCAUCCGAGAGAGAUCCUUUAAUGUCACAAUAGGUAGUUAUGACAAAACUGUGGGGGACUUAAAGAAUGCCUGGGACAAGCAUAAGGCUUUCCUACAAACUAGAUGAGUUUAUACUUUUAGGAAAUAUCGGGCAGACUUGCUGGGCCUAUGGCUCUUAUCUGCCGUCAAUAUCUAUGUUUCUAAUAUAGUUUGUGAAAGGAAAAAAUCAAAGACCUUGGUAUAUACUGUAAUGUUUCCUUUGUAAGCACUUUGUUUUAAUUUCUAUAUAGCGUUAGGAAAUAUGUUUACAAUGUUGGAGACGAUGUUACAUUAAGUAAACAGCACCAAAAUUGAAGCCUAGAUGGCUAUGAUGAACAGAUUUUUAUAUCAAGUGUUUAUAAAACGUAUUUAGUGAUGUGCUUAUGGGAUAACUUGGUUCAUUGGUGUGUUUAUAAAUACAGAGAGUUCUCAUCUUGUCUUUUUAAAUAGCACCUUUUACUGAUAUUUUAUAUUUCUUACUUAUAAUCUGGAGAUUAUAAGCAAUCCAAUGUACAAACAUUGUUUUUUUUUAUGAUGACCAGAGAGCAUAUAUCAGUUUGUUUGUUUUUUGUCAACCUGAUAUGAAUGGGAAAAAUAAAAAAGCACAUACCUUGUGUUCUCAUUGCUCCAUUUAUAUCUUCAAUAUUAAUUAUUAUUGAGAAUAUGAAUAAAUUGUUAAUCUUAACAAAAAAAAUUACAUUUUUAAUUAGUCCACAAGCUUAAGUCAUUAAAGGAAUUUUAUCUAGAAAACAUGUCUUUAUAUUUACCAUUAAAGGGACAGUCUACACCAGAAUUUUUAUUGUUUUAAAAGAUAGAUAAUCCCUUUAUUACCCAUUUCCCAGUUUUGCAUAACUAACACAGUUAUAAUAAUAUACUUUUAACCUCUGUGAUUAUCUUGUAUCUAAGCCUCUGCAAACUGCCCCUUUUUUCAGUUCUUUUGACAGACUUGCAGUCUAGCCAAUCAGUGCCUGCUCCCAGAAUACUUCACGUGCACGAGCACAGUGUUAACUAUAUGAAAUAUGUAAACUAACACCCUCUAGUGGUGAAAAACUGUUAAAAUGCAAUCUGAAAGAGGUGGGCUUCAAGGUCUAAGAAAUUAGCAUAUGAACCUCCUAGGUUAAGCUUUCAACUAAGAAUACCAAGAGAACAAAGCAAAAUUGGUGAUAAAAGUAAAUUGGAAAAUUGUUUAAAAUGACAUGCUCUAUCUGAAUCAUGAAAGUUUUUUUUUGCCUAGACUGUCCCUUUAAGGAUAGUAUUACCGUGAGGUAAAAUGUCACAAAGGACUAUGGUAUUCAUUUGGCAACGUGACAGAAGUGAGAGGUCUCUGCCUGUGGUGAGAUGUCCUCAAUUGUUUUUAAUGUUAAAAAGAUGUUUGUGCAUUUACUUAAAGGGAUAUUAAACCCAUUUUUUUUCUUUCAUGAUUCAGAUAGAGCAGCAAUUUUAAGCAACUUUCUAAUUUACUCUUAUUAUUAAUGUUUCUUCGUUCUCUUGGUAUCUUUAUUUGAAAAGCAGGAAUGAAAGCUUUGGAGCCAGCCCAUUUUAGGUUCAGCACCUGGGUUGCGCUUGCUGAUUGGAUGGCUAAAUGUAGCCACCAAUUAGCAAGCCCUAUCCAGGGUGCUGAACCAAAAGCUGCCAAGCUUUCAUACCUGCUUUUUCAAAUAAAGAUACCAAGAGAACGAAAAAAAAUAAUAGGAGUAAAUUAAAAAGUUGCUUAAAAUUGCAUGCUCUAUCUGAAUAUUUAGUAUCCCUUUAAUGUUAUCUGUAGAUUAACAUAUAAAAUGGAUAGGUGUAUAUCACUGGAGAGACACCUCUUCACUUUAAUAAACCAGCAUAUGCUGGUAAAACAGUUAAGUUACAAAGUCAAAAUAAAAUGCUCAAAAUCAUAGAUACAUGAAAACAAAAAUGGGGUUUAUUUUAUUAUAACUUUGAUAAACUAAACCAUGCCUCUUAAAGGGACACUAAAUACAUUUAAUGCACCGCCCUCUAAUCAUGGGUGCUAUCAUUAUGAAACCUGUAGGGGAGUUGCUGCUCAUGAGCACACAGGUCAGCACUGGAAUGUAGUAAAAGAUACAUUUCAACAUGGCGGCACCCAUGACUAGAGGGAGGCAGGGAAUGACCUCAACACUAUACCUAUAAAUGCAUUUAGUGUUUGAUGUCUCUUUAACAGCCAGACAACUAGACAGUGCCUAGUUCUUCUCAGAUUUCAGUGUGAAAUAGUUGUCAUGUGCAUUUGUGCCUUUCCUGGCAUUUUCAGAGCCGAAUUUCUUUAACUGAAAGUGCAACACACUAAAAUCUGGUUUUGCACAAAUCUUAGUGUGUUGCACUUUCACAAGAAGAAAUCCGGCUCUGAAAAGAGUUUAAUGUCCCAAGCGGCCGCCCCCUUGGCAUUCGAAUGCUCAUGAAAGGCACAAAAGCACAAGCCUAUGAAAUAGUAUAGUUUUAAAUCUGAAUCCAUUUAAAAGAAUUUUAAUUAAUAAAUAUGUGAUUGCCCUCAAUAUCUCCUUUUUUCUAUAGUAAGGAGUAAAAAAAACGCAACUGAGCUGUCAGUGUCAAUAUAAAACCUUUUUUAGAAAUGGAAAAUACUGGUUGACGAAACAUGUCGGCUUAUGGUUGGAGCCAUAGUAUUGCUGUGUAUAUGUCACAAAGUAAAUCUAAAAAAAAAAUGAGUGUUAAAGUCUGUUGUUAGGGGCCCCUUUGGUAAAACAAAGGGAAUAAUAACUUCUCAGGGAUCUACUGUAUUCCCGGACUGAUGUAACCUUGUAAAAAUGGUAAGCAUGAAACAGCCUAUAUGUUGAUUUUACCAGAAGCACUGCUCACUAUGUUUUUCAAUUUUAUAUUGGCAUCAUGCUUUCACAUCUGUACAUAACAAUGUUUGUGUAUUUAUUAAAGCUUGUAAGCAAUAAUUUAAUGUAAAAAUGGCAAGCAAUAUACAGUUUUAACUUGUGUAAGCAACUUAUUUCUCUUGCAUUUCAAAUGUUUUUUAAGCUCUGUUUUAUGAAUAAAUUAGAAAAAAACGUUUUAACUCUU